AUGGUAGAGGUCCCUGUGGAAUCUGAGGUAUUUCAGGAACCAGCGGAGGUGCUGGCGGGUGGUGCUGGUGUGAAAUCUGGUACUGGUAUAUCUGGCUGUGUUGGCGCAUCAAAUAUUGGGACCAGGGGUGGUGCUGGUGUGAACCCUGGUACUGGCAUAUCCGGCAGUGUUGGCGCAUCAAAUAUUGGGACCAGGGGUGGUGCUGGUGUGAACUCUGGUGGUAUAUUUGGCUGUGGUGGUGUAUCAAAUAUUGGGACCAAUGGUGGUGCUGGGGUAAAAAAUGGUGGUAUGUCUGGCUGUGUAGGUGCAUCAAAUACUGGAACUAAUGGUGGUGCCGGCGUUAAAUAUGGUGGUAAAUCUGGCUCAGUUGGUGGAGAAAAUAUUGGGACUAGUGGUGGCGCUGGUGUUAAAUUUGGUGGUGUAUCCGGUUGUGCUGGUGGAUCAAAUAUUGGGACUAGUGGUGGUGCCGGGUGGUUUGGUGGAUCAACUAUUGGGACUAGUGGUGGUGCAAAAGGGAAGUCAUUCGGAGGGGAUAGCCAUGGAAUUAUUGGUGAUGGUAUGAGUUCGGGUGGGGGUGGAGAAGGGACUAGUGGUGGUGGUGGGAAUAUUACUGGUAUGAUAGGAGGUGGAAACACUGGAGGGGGUGGAGAUGGAACUAGGGGUGGUGGUGGUGGCAGAGACGGUGGGGGUGGAGAUGGCGGAGGAGGUGAUGGGAUGAUAGGAGGUGGGGAUGAAGGUGGCCGAGAGGGAACUACAGGGGGUGGUGAUGGGACUAAGGGAGGUGGGGAUGAAGGUGGCGAGGAUGGAACAACAGGUGGUGGUGAUGGUGAUGGGACUAAGGGAGGUGGGGAAGGCACCAGUACCCGUGGUGGAGGGGGAGAUGGGAGGAGUGGAAUUGGAGGAGGAGAAGGCACAAGAGGCGGUGGCAAAGGGGGAGGCCGCCUGGGAGGGGAAGGUGUUGGUGUAGGAUUGAAAGGAUUAUCAGGAGAAGGGGAAGUAGGGAAAGGCCAUCGGCCACAAGCAUCAAACAAGUAUAGAAAAAAUGGGUCACAGCGAGAUGGCCUUGUCGCUCUUCUUCCAUGGCUGCUUCUUGAUGAUCUGCUGCGUCUGCUUCUUCCACUUCUACUGAGUCUUCUCUUAUCUUCUUGUCCUGGUUGA